AUGUUUUUUCUACAUAACGUAAUCAUCGAUUGCUCUCGACAAAACGAAUCGGUCAAGAAUGCAACCGUAGACGUGAGAUUGGAAUUUGAGACUAAGGAGAACGUACCGAUGAAUACUACCGCAUACUGUCUCAUUGUACACGAUCGCAUGGUUCAGUACAAUCCGUUGACCAAUGUUAAUCGCCGGUAUGCGAAAAAUCGCCUGUGCGUCGAAGAAUCACCUGUGCGCGAAGAAUCGCCUGUGUGCGACGAAUCACCGGUACGCGAAAAAUCGCCUGUGCGCCAAGAAUCGCCGGUGCGCGAAAAAUCGCCUGUGCGCGAAGAAUCUGUAUGCGAAGAAUCGCCGGUGCGCGAAAAAUCGCCUGUGCGCGAAGAAUUGCCCGAUGUGUUAGACAGUAAUGAAAUGCCCAUAAUAUUUCCCGACGAGAAUAAUGGUGAUGAUACGGAGGAUGAGGAGGAGGAGGAAAAUUAUCCAGAAGCUGAAGUUCCAGCAGAUAAUUUCGAGGAUACGGAUGAAGUCCCCCUCCCAAUCCGGAAGGGGGGUAUAUCAGAAUAUGAAAAUAUUGAAGACAUAGAGGAAAAAGAUGUCCUUACAGAUGAAGAUGAAAUAAUUGAAGAAUCAUGA